UCAGAGAGGUCACGUUGAUUCAGUGAUCGCAGGUGGAGAUAGUUGGACGUACUUUCAUUAAUUCAAGGAAGGCUUUAGAGUAGAGCGAUGGAUUAAUUCCAAGGAUUUUAUUUAACCAGAUAUCAGUAUGGGAAAGGAGAGCGAUUUCUUAAAGGCGGUGAAGGCGAGCGAUGUCGAGAAAAUUGAGAAACUAUACAAUCCAAGCUCUGGAUCUAUUAUGCGUAAGAAAGACAAGCAUUUCCCGACUACGGAAGAGCUUCUAAAGACCAAUCAAAUCAUCCAUCUGCGACAUCUCAAUGUGAACUGUCAGGAGGAAGAUUCAGGAUAUACCCCGCUGAUCAUAGCAGUUCUUAAUGGUAACCAUGAGAUUAGCGCGUCCCUCAUACGACAUGGAGCCGACAUUAAUGGACAGGACUUUAAGGGUAACACGGCUCUUCACAUGGCCACAUUUAAUGGCAGAUCAGACCUGGUGGACAUGCUUCUGGCUGCGGGGGCCAAGGUCAACAAACUUAACCUAGAUGGAAACACGCCCCUGCACAUAGCCUGCCAGGCUUUCACACAAGGAAAAUUGAUGUUGAUUCUGAAGAUGCUGAAGGCUGGUGCCAAUCCUGUCAUAAAGAACAAAGCUGGAGACACUGCCCUAGACAUAACAGCCAUGUUUAAUAGGCAGGAGGCUGCAUCAGCACUUCUCGACCAUGAGCCAAAACUGAAAGAGAACACAUCUGCCAUUGUUGGUGCCGCAAUUAGAGGAAGUUCGGAAAUUGUUCAACUUCUGCUUGACUAUGGUGUAAACCCAAAUGGCAUCUGUAUCAAACAGAGGACGCGGCCACUACACGAGGCUGUCAGAUAUGAAAGGUGGGAGACGGUAAAAAUCCUACUGUCCUAUGGUGCUGACCCCCUCAUGCAGAAUGACAAGGGACAGACUGCAGAAAGUAUAGCCCUACAGUGCGGUAAUGAAAAGGCUUCCAAGUUUAUAAGCAUGUUUAAAGAGUAUGAAAAUCGACCAAAAGAUACACCCAGAUUUCUCAAGCUAGAAAAUUUGCCACUAAGCCCUGUGGAAGAGGGUCUAGUUCCAAGAUACCCAUUACUUGACAACAAAAUUUCAUGGACCAGGAAUACGGAAGAAUACUGUAACAAUUGCACGGCUCUCCACAACAACACAAACUUACUGGACAAUAAUCCGUGUUCUUUCUGGGUGAUUCCUGCCACGCACCAUGCAUGGGUGGUGUUUGAUCUGGAGCACGAGCACACGCUGACAGGAAUGAGGAUACUGGGCUGGGAGAGCCCUCAGAUGCCAAAAACAGUGGAGCUACAAAAGGCCAAUUCUCUGAGGGGCAGGUGGCAGACAGUGACGUCGUUCAAUGUCAAGCAGAAAGGAAGUCAAAGUCCUAAGGAUCCCUGUGUUCCUCAAGAUUUUCUUGGUUUUUGUUCUACCUCACGCUACUGGCGUUUUCAUAUUCUGGACAAUCAUGGCGGGCCAUGUACCUGUUUCCAGGGCAUUCAGUUCUACGGCAUCGAUGCUAGAGUUCUUUCUUUCUUUGAACAGCUGGGACUGAUGCAGUAUGCUGAGGAGUUCAUCAAGAAGGGAUAUAAUUGUUACGACAGCUUGCUGAAUGUACAUCCAACAGAUUUAGAAAAAAUGGUUCCUUCAGAAAUGCAUAGAAGACAAAUAUCUGUAGCUUUGAAGGAUUUAAAACUUAAAGUCUAUCCAAUAAGGCGGCUGGCUUGGUUAAAGUCUCCUGUCAACAUGGCGCGGGAGGGUGAAACAUUGCCACCAUUUACCGUACAGUCUGACCCAGAGGUGUCUGAGGAAGUCUCACUGUUUGUUCACGGAAAAGCAGAGGUCAAAGGUCGUACAACUGUGAGUCUCGUACCUCAGGGCCCAAGAUACCCUUCCACAGCAACGUUUGAAGGAAUCGAGAUUUACCCUGCUGGCAGAUAUUUGAUAGAAGUCCACUGUACCAGGUUUCCACAGCUCUCCUUACAGGCGCCACAACACAUAGAAAUAGUUCAACGAGCCAAGGAUCCGUCUGAGGUCACAGCAGCCUUUGAUGAGCUGGAGGACAUGUUGAGAAGCAUGCAGGCAUCUUUAGGGGAAAGUCUGAAUGGAAACAGUUAGCAGGGGAAAAUAUGUGUCAUCAAGAACUAGUGUGAGAGGAAUGUCUGAUGGAAAUGUUUGGAAUGAGUUGCACAGUAUAAAAAAUAGGAUAUCAAAAGAAUUGUUAGUAACAGAUAAACUGUUACCUGAUCUUCAAACAUUAAUCUGUUACCUGAAGGGGAAUUGUACUUGGAUCUUGAAAUCAAGCUACAAAUGAAAACAAUUAACAAAAAAAUGA